AAAGAUCAUUAGGGAGAGAGAGAGAGAGAGAGAGAGAGAGGGAGAGAUGGCAUGGAGAUAUUGUCACAAGGAUGCUCUUCCAUUUUCAGCCAUGGUUGCAGUAGAAUGCAUUAACGUUGGCUUAAACAUCUUAUUCAAAGCAUCCAAUUUAAAAGGACUGAGCUACUAUGUCUUCAUUACCUACACCUCUGCCAUUGCUACUCUUGUUCUCCUCCCUUUGGUCUUCAUCUUUCGUGGAACAACCGGGCUCCCUACAUUCAAGUGGCCUCUCAUCAAUAGAAUUUUCCUACUUGGAAUAAUUGGAUUUUUAGCUCAGUUGUGUGCCUAUAAAGGAAUUGAAUACAGCUCACCGACUCUUGCUUCAGCCAUCGGCAACCUCACACCGGCUUUGACCUACAUACUUGCUGUUAUUUUCAGAAUGGAAAAUCUAGCUUUGAGAAGCUCAAUCACUCAGGCUAAAAUCAUUGGCACAUUAGUAUCAAUAUCAGGAGCAUCAGUAGUGCUUUUCUACAGGGGCCCUACAAUCAUAUCUCCAUCUCAAUCACCGUCCCUUUCACUUCAUUCUCCACAAGGCACAUCAGAAACAAAAUGGGUGAUAGGUGGCCUUUUACUUGCUGUCGAGAACCUUCUGUUUUCAGGUUGCAGCAUUGUUCAGACCCAAGUUAUGAAAAUAUAUCCAGCAGAGAUAGUUGUGGUCUUCUUAUGCGCCUUGUGUGUAACAAUUAUAUCUGCACCAGUAUGUUUAAUGACAGAAGGAAACUUGCUUGCUUGGACGCUAAGGCCUGAUGUAGCAUUGGUCACCAUUAUAUACUCGGGAUUCUUUGGUUCAUCCAUCAGUGUUGUUAUCGCAUGGGCCUUGCACUUGAAGGGGCCUGUGUAUGUAUCAAUCUUUAAGCCAUUGUCAAUAGUCAUUGCAGCUGCUAUGGGUGUCAUAUUCCUUGGUGAUGCUCUCUAUCUUGGGAGCCUCAUUGGAGCAAUAAUAUUAUCAAUUGGAUUUUAUGCUGUCAUAUGGGCAAAAGCUAAAGAAGAAUUGAGAAAAGACUAUUGUUGUGAUAGCUUGGGAUCUUCGUCUGAUGAUAAGACCCCUUUGUUGAAUAGCUACAAAUUUGAAGCUUCUUAGGUUGCUGAUGAAGAAAUGAGUGUGUAGUGUUUUGGGGAAUGAGGUAAUUGAAGAACAGGGGAGAGUGAUUGACUGGUUCGAAGGAGUCACCCUCCAAGUAGACAGAAUAAGAGGAGAAUUGAGAAUGAGAAAGGAAUUUGCAUUACAUUUCAUGUAUGUUUGUCAAUGGAUCAAUUACAAGUGUUUACUGGCAAUUCUUACAAUGGCAUUAGCCAAUGAGAACCAAUACAACUCAACUACUGGUAUAACUAA